GAGAACAGAGACAAUUGUUGAUGGCAUUAACAACACCUUUGUUUUUCCUACUAUGACAAGUCAAAAUAUCUGCUGUGAAAAAGGCCUUUGACAUUCAAAACUUCACACUGAAUCAAGCGCCAAGGUGACGUAUCUGAACAAAAUUUACUGCUGCUACUGGAAGUGACAGCAGCGUUGGUGCUGCAGGAGCAGAUGCAACAGGUUAAUAUACAGUCACACGACUGAGGAAGGUAUCUAACUGAUAGGAAAAGUCUGUGUGAGAACGGGCAAAUGAAGAUGACCCUUAAAAGUUGGAUACUGGCUUUGUUCCUGCUGAUAAACAGUGGCUCAGAGCCUUCUCACAGUUUAGUGGAGGGAUCGCAAUCAACAUGGAGUUAUGAUUACACCAAAUAUCAUCCCAUGGAUGAGAUAUACAGGUGGAUGGAAGAUGUGGAGCGAGGAAACCCGGAGCUGGUCUCCUCUGCUGUCUAUGGACACACUUUCGAAGGAAGAAAUAUCACAUUGCUAAAGCUGGGACUGGAAAACUCAGAGGGCAGUGACAAGAAGGUGAUAUGGGUGGACUGCGGUAUCCACGCUCGAGAGUGGAUCGCUCCUGCCUUCUGCCAGUGGUUUGUUAAACAGAUCCUCCACUCAUAUAAAACCAAUAAGAAGCUGGAACAGAUGCUGCGGAACCUUGACAUCUAUGUUACUCCUGUAAUUAAUGUGGAUGGAUAUAUAUUCACCUGGGCCAAUGACAGUACGCGUCGGUGGAGAAAGUCUCGUUCCCUCCCUCCCCAAGGAAGCAACUGUUAUGGUGUUGAUCUCAACAGAAACUUUAAUGCCAACUGGGGGACGGUAGGUGUGUCAUUUGACAAUUGUGCAGACACCUACGGUGGGAAAUCACCAGGGUCAGAGCCAGAGGCUAAAGCUGUGAUGGACUUCGUUGGUAGGCUGGUCAACCAGACUCUGUGCUUCCUCACCAUCCACUCUGCUGGGCAACUCAUACUCCUGCCAUAUGGCCACCCCGAGGCCUCUGCACCCAACUACAAUGAACUGGUUACAGUCGGCGAGGCAGCAGCAGCAGAAAUGGAGAAGGUACAUGGAAUGAAGUACACUGUAGGAACAUCUCCCCAAGUCCUUUAUCCAAACUCCGGUUCAAGUCGUGACUGGGCUCGUCUCAUCGGUAUCCCAUUCUCAUAUACCUUUGAGCUGAGAGACAAAGGUCAGUUCAGCCACUUGCUGCCAGAAGAGCAGAUACAGCCGGCCUGCGAGGAGGCGUACACAGGAGCUCUCUCCAUCAUCACAUUUGUUCAUGAUAAGACUUUCACCAACCUCCCUAAUGCUGCUGUCACCACAGUGAUGGGCUUCACCACAGUUUCUGGGGUUGCUAUGACGAUUUGGAGCUCUGUCAUGGCUGGGUUGUUCACUGCAGGGGUCUCUGUGUAA